GAAAGCCCCUUUGUACUCUUUGAGGCUCCUUCGCAGUUAGUAGAGAAGAGACAAUCGCUGCCGUAGAAGUGAUCACUCGUGCGUUCCUAUUGAGAUCGCUCGCACAAGCUCCAACGAGCUGCAUCCAGCUAAGUUUAAGGUUAAAUUUUACCGUCCCGAUUCGAAUUAAUACUCUCGGAGAUUAAGAGCAUCGAAAGGAUACAGAAUCUGACAUGGAGAAUAACGCAAGCAGUAUCGCAAAAGAAGACCAAUACAUAGGUGCGUUCUUAAAAAACGGCAUAAUACGUGGUAUUACAUACCAAAUAAAAUUUUUAACAUGGGCGACAUGGAAGAUGAUAUCCAAGGAAAAUGCAAGUAAAUGGUGGUUGGGUUCGGAGGUAUACGAGGCCCGAGGAUUUCAUGAUUUGGUUUUGAAAUAUGUUAAUGAUGCCGUAGAUGAAGACGGAAAAACCUCCGAUAAAAAAUAUAUGUACCGUUUUGUACAAAUCAAGCACAUGGCGUGUUUGACCGGAGGCACCAAGAUCUCCAUGCAUCAUUUAUUGUCCGUAGAAAAAGAACAGUGUCAAUACAGUCUUUUGUAUUUAUUCAAAUCUUACGUCAAAAUGAUCGGCAAAUUUGAGAAUAUAACGCCGGAACAGAUUGUGGACAUGACGGUCUUUACAAAUAGGAAUAUUCAUAGUUCACUGGAAUUUUUAGUGCCUGUAGACAACGAUGAGAUUUUCAGCUUUGAAGGAAAGGGUAAGCGAUAUCGCUUUAAUUUAGACGUACUCCGAACAAUAUCAAACCCGAUAAUAAAAUAUUUACGAACAAUUUCUAACAACGAAACAUAUAUAUGGGACUUCUUAAGCAAAUUGGUAUUCGCGGUGGGCCAACCCUCCGAGCCCGAAUUAGAAGAACUUGUUGUCAAAGAUAUGGGCAGGGUUUACAAUACGCCGCAGAUCUUUUACAAUGAUUUGUUUAAAAAUGUUCUCGAUUGGUUUCUUAUUCUUGAGAAAAACCGUGCGCCAUAUCUCACUGAAGAACGGGUGAGAAACCAACUGAAGAAGCUGGAAGAUAUGCUGUUGACUGAAAAAGAGACAACUACACAUAUUACUGCCGAUUCACUGACUCUCUCAAACUUGUUAUUAUCAUAAAGUUAUCUUUAUAGAAAUUGUAGCUCUCUCUUGGUAAACUUUUGUGCGCUUUUAUGAAUAUAUGAUAUAAAAUUUCCUUUUUUUAUCUCUAAGAGAGAGAGAGAGAGUGAGUGAGUGAGA